UCAUGUGUAUCCACUCAACAGAAGGCUGGGGAAAAAACAUGUCAUCUGUCCUUAAUGGACAUCUCUGUGGGCAUGCAAGACAUUAGCCCUGGGACGAGUUAAUACAUCAGAUCACUCCGCAACGGGAAUCCAUUUCUGCAAAGACUUCUCUUGAGCAAGGAUUUACCAGCUCAACCAAUGAAGCCGUAUGUUCCCAUUUAACCUUCUGCAUGGGAAAUGGUGGAUCAAGGGCAUGUGCAAACACAACACUGAGGACCCACUACCAUGAGCUCCUUUAAAGUAUCCACGGCCUCUUUAAUGAUCAACGUGCCAGUAUGGUUUCUACUCUGCUCCGGUCCACUGAAAGCCCAGCAGGGGACUACCCCCAACAUUAAACACAUUGUGGUUGGACGUUGUUUCAACUACAUCACACUAGUUAACUCCAGUCUAAGGAUCGACUGUGAGGAGAUCUGGAGACAGUUUGAGGAGGCGGUUGUGCAUCAGUCCUCCUGUAAUGUGACAGUUGAUGAUUACAAUCACAUGUUUUACGCAAUGCCACAAACCUGGCCCUGCGAUAGGUUCCUCUUCUGGAGUAAAACCAGGACGCUGAUGCACAGCUACGCAGCUGUUGUACCUAACUACUGGACCCUGGAGGACACGCUGGUUGGGUACAUGUUCAAUGACCUUAUCUGGUGUGGACAAGAGGAAGACUUGGGUUUUGAUUUCAGUUCUUGUCCGGAGUGGACGGCCUGUAGAAAUCAUCCAGUGUAUUCCUUGUGGAGGCAAGCCUCCCAAAAUUUUGCAGAAAUGGCAUGCGGCAACAUCACCGUAUUGCUGAAUGGCUCUAUUGUCAACGCCUUCAGUGGGAAAAGCAUGUUUGGAAGUGUUGAACUGGACAGUCUGAACGCCUGCCGGGUGAAUUACGUCAACAUAAAAGUGGUGACCAAUCUAGAUGGACCUUUUAUAGAGUCAUGUACUAAAGGGUCCAUUGUAGAGCUGAUCCAGAUCCUCCAGGCCAGAGGGUUCCGCUGGACUUGCACAGACAACGAGGAGACCCUGAUGAUCCUUCAGUGUAUCCUGAACCCCAAACAAGCCUCCUGCCAAACAUGUGCAAACAGCCUCUCGCACAUAAAGAGCCUCACAUAACCCCCCCCCCCCCCCCCCCA